GUGCAUUGCUGUGAAAUGGAUCAGGGCACUUUCUCUGCCCGAACCCGGAAAGCCAGACCCAAGUCUGAGCUGUAUUCCACCGUCGUCGUGCACGACGAUGACGACGACGACAACGGCGGCAACAGCUACGAUAAGCGAGAGCAAAGCCGGAGCAGACAGAAUGCCAGAAGCUCGGAACCCGAGGACGAUCCAUUUGCAACGAUGGUCUACAGGGACAAUGGCCCUGAAGACGAAGAUGACGACGACCCCUCCCUCCCUCCUCUUCUCAAGCGCCUGCCAAAGGACUUCGGCGGUGGAGCUCCGUUGGACGACGAAGACGAUCCUGACGACGAUGCCGGCGAUUUUGGCACCAUGAUCGUCAAGACUGAUCGAGCUCGGGAGCGAAAUCGGUCUUCUUCGUCGCCCAUGGGUUCGACCUGGAAGUCUCGGAAGUCUCCUUUGACGCAGGCAGGUCCAAUGGCGGGACUGGGUGAUGAGAAUGAUGAAGAUGAUGACGGUGACGAGGGGUUUUCAACUUUUGUCGUACGUAAAACGGCUAGGUCCAGUGAGAGAGAGUCGGUCAGUGGAACCGUGGUGCGUAGGACAAGUGGCGGUGCUGGUGGUGGUGGAACUGCUACUAGCUCGACAAUGGAAAGAGCGGUGGCGAGUAUGCAGGCAUCGGGUGAGCUGGGUUAUGGGAAACAGAGGAGGGGAAGUGGGUCCUUGCAGAACGACGAGGGUAGGCAGUCAAUAGGUACGAAGGUUUCAUCGAGUUCGAUUCCGGAAAGCGUCACCAGAGAGGAUCCUACAACUAAGUACGAAUUACUCAAUGAACUUGGGAAGGGAUCUUACGGGUCUGUUUACAAAGCUAGGGAUUUAAAAACCUCCGAGCUUGUCGCUAUCAAAGUCAUUUCCCUCUCUGAAGGGGAGGAGGGAUACGAAGAAAUCCGAGGUGAAAUUGAGAUGUUGCAGCAAUGUAAUCAUCCAAACGUGGUCCGCUACCUUGGAAGCUAUCAGGGAGAAGAGUAUCUUUGGAUAGUUAUGGAAUACUGUGGCGGUGGUAGUGUUGCUGACCUGAUGAAUGUAACUGAGGAGCCACUGGAUGAGGGUCAGAUAGCGUACAUCUGUAGAGAAGCAUUGAAGGGACUUGAGUAUUUGCACUCCAUUUUCAAAGUCCAUAGGGACAUUAAAGGUGGGAAUAUCUUAUUAACUGAACAAGGAGAUGUCAAGCUAGGGGAUUUUGGUGUUGCUGCACAGCUUACGAGGACCAUGUCAAAGCGAAACACGUUCAUUGGAACGCCUCAUUGGAUGGCUCCAGAAGUUAUUCAGGAAAGUCGCUAUGACGGAAAGGUAGACGUGUGGGCUCUUGGUGUGUCUGCAAUUGAAAUGGCAGAGGGCCUUCCUCCAAGAUCAGCUGUCCAUCCAAUGAGGGUUUUGUUCAUGAUAUCCAUUGAACCGGCACCAAUGCUUGAGGAUAAAGAAAAAUGGUCUCUACAUUUUCACGACUUUGUGGCUAAGUGCCUUACUAAGGAACCUCGUUUACGACCUACUGCAUCAGAGAUGUUAAAGCACAAAUUCUUUGACAAAUGGAAAACUGGAUCAACGGCAAUGAUGCCAAAAAUUGAAAAGGCUAGGCAAAUCAGGAAAUCGAUGGCUUUGCAAGCACAAACUGUUGCUCCGGCUGCAUUAGAAGAUCAGUGUAACGAGCAAAAACUGAAUGAUGACUAUGGGGACACUGUUCCAUCAAGACCUCUUAACGUUGGUGUUCAAGGGGCAGGUGGUCUUUCUUCAGAUGGAACUCUGAGGACGCUGAAUAGGUUGGAAAGUGUGGAAACGAGUGAAGGUAACUUUGGCACUGUAGUAGUCCAUGGAGAUGAGAUUGAUACAGCAGCAGUCAGGCCACAGGGAGCAGAUAAUGCAGAUUCCUCUGCUUCCUCAAUUAGUGGAACAAGAGGCAGAUUGGCUGAUUCUCG